AUGUGGCUCGUCGAGGCAGACAAGGCUAAGUCUUGCUUUCGAAAUCUGUAUUAUCAGGCUUCACGCCUGCAGAUUGCACAUCAGCGAGGGGCUUGGUCACUGGCAAUCUCGUCUCGUGAGGUGGUUUUGAGUUUGCACAUCGGAAUCUUCUCCAUCAAUGCGAGACAGUGGUGGGGCCACCAGUACCAUAGUAUCGGAGAUUGGAUGAUGGUUUCAUUCCUCCACAAAGAUCUCGCAAUCUAUGUUCACGAGAUCAAGAAAAAGAAAAGGUGUUCAAUUCUGGUGUUAAAGAUACAAUGUAUACUCGACGUUCCAUAUGGACAGGGCGGUCUCCCGUCAUAUCUGAGUACUCUCGACAGUGGCAUUACCAACGGAUGGAAUCAAACCACAGUCGAUUGCCCCAUCGGUGACAAAGUCCAUCCGGACAACUUCAUCGUACAUUCGUGGUCUUUGCUCCACGGGCCCGCGUAUUGGACAAAUCCCCACCACGACUCUGAUGGCAGCGUGACCUUUGUUCAAAUUGAAACCGGCGAGAAAAAAUGGGGCCUAUUCAAACCAAUCCACGAGGACACGAUUACUCGGACCAACCUCUCCAACAUAGCCUUAACAUUGACCGAUCUCUACCGAAACCGAGAGAAUAUCCAGGAAAAUUGGCACGGAGAAAUUGUCACUCUCUUGCCGGGUGACAUGCUUAUACAACCGGCAGGACAGUUUCACGCGGUUUACACACCUGUGGCUUCGUUUGCUACCGGGGGGCAUUUCUACAACUACGAAUGCAUGCAUUUAACGGAACUCUCUCGUUACAUAGACCAUAAACAAGGCAAAAUCCUCACUAACCAAGUACACGCACACUCCCUCGAAACGUUCCAGCGAAUGGUCAUCAACUUACCACGCAUAUCGCGUCGCGUUAAGUUAUACAACAGGCCCCUCAUCGCCCUGUGCACUAUGGUCUUGGAAUGCGAUAAAUAUGUGGCUGCCGGCACCGAAAAACCAAAAGUACGAUCGAGCACCACUCAACCAGCGCACGAUAUUGCAAACGCCAUCAUCAAACAUUUCUGGAAGGACUUGAAGACGGCAACCAAGACAUAUCGCAAGAAGCAGACGGACGGGAGCAACAACCAAAUGCAUCCAGGGGAACCCAUCAGUAGAGAAGAACUAUUGACCUGCCUAAAGCGCUUUACGACAUUAGGACUCUAUGGACGUUCGGACUUUGGCGCAUCCAGCGAUCUCCUGGACUCGUGCUUGUUUAACAUAGAUAUAGAUAUGGCCACUGAGUUAAACCUCAAUGUUGCAUUUCGCAAUGCCUGCCUAAGUACAAAUAUCGACUUGUUAAACGAGUCAGACAUGACUCAUAUGUCGGGCUGUAAGGCGUUGUACCUAGAUGGGUACACGGGAGUAUUUACUAUAUAUGGUCAUGGAAAGAGCAACUCCGAUGCUCAACACUCGCAUGAAUAUGUCUCCCGGCCAAAUAUGCACAUCGAAUACUGUCUCGAAGCUCUGGUAUCCAUGAAAGGAUUUUUGCCAGACAAGUCGCUGCCUGCCGUUGCCCUCGCUGCCAAGUUGAUGGCAGAAAAGUUCGGCUCCGUGUAG